AUGUGGCAAGAUGGUGAUUCAAAUCUUGAUGCACCGAGCUUGAGGUUAGAUGAAAGUACUGCAUCACCAGUGUCAAUAUUAACCAAUCCAAUCAGCAUUAGCCUGGCAGAGAGUGAUCUUGUCGAGGAAAGCCAACCAAUUAAUUUGGGACGAGAGAAAACUUCUCAGUGUUCCAACAGUCUGUCACAAAAAUCUGGCCUGUUAAAGAGGAACAACCUCAGGUUGGGUGAGUUGAUGGGAUCUGAAGACAUAGUUGAUGAAUCUUUAACAAGGGAUAGCAAGAGGAUAAGACAAGGAGAAUCUGAAAGUGAUGAGAGUCCCGCUAGCUGCCCGUCUAUUUCCCAGUUCAUACCAUCAGAAAAUUCAUCAAGAAAUUGUUUGGCCUUGGCUCCUCGUAGACUUGAGAAGGAAUUCCAUCAUGGACAGAUGGAGUGUGAGACAAAGCAUCAGACUAAUGAACAAACUACAAGUUCAGCAGUCUACGAAGUUUUCUUUGCUUUUCGACACCAUUCUUCCACUCUGCUGAUAGACUCUGAUAUACUCAAAGAUACAUGCUGGAUGUUGGCUGCAAUCCGUGAAAAUUUGCUGCUUCAUAUCCAGGGAUGGUGGGGCAGGCUGGCUUUUCCUCCUUCAAAAUGCUUGACAGAACCAGCACCAAAGCCUUUCUAUUGCUGUAUCUUUCCUUCUUAUGAUCCUAUUUUUGUCCCGCCAAAUGUGUGUCUACUGGAUGAAGCUGCUUUGCUUGCGGGCACUAAUGUUGCCGAAUCUGCACUUGUGUGCACGAAUGUUGCUGAAUGUGCACUCGUGGACACUAAUAUUGCUGAAUCUGUAUGUAGUCAACCCAACAGUGUUAUGAAAAAGUUGGUAUCAGAAGCAUUUAUGAAGGCAGGGGAACAACUUCAAACUGAUCUCCUUAACAUUUUAAGGGCAUUGGACAUAAAAGAUCAUGAAAUUAUGAGGCUGGAGUCAAAUGCUGCUUUCGAAGCUUUAGAUAGUUUGGGAAUCAACAAUAAGAAAUUCAGGCAGGAAGUUAAGGAAUUCAUUGUCCGUGCAUCAUUGUUGUCUAAAAUUGACCAAUCAAUAGCAAAUAACCAUUCUUGUCAGAAGCUUGCUGAUCGUCUCAAUUGCCAGAAGCUGAAACUGAAGGAGAUCAAAGAUACCGAGGCAAAAGUUGUCGAUACUUUGUCAGUCUCAAAGAGACGUGCAGCAAAUCUCACUGAAGAAAUUUCCCAUCUCAAGGACAAGCUUCGCAAAGCCGAGGCCGAAUUAUUUUGCUGCAAGGCUGAUAGCACUGCUCUGGAGUCUCGCGUAUCUCAGAUCUCAAAAGACAAAGUGAAAGCUGAACAAUAUCUCCGGAGAACGUGUAUUAAAUUGAAGAAUGCAUGGCAAUUACGCAAGCAUAUGGAAGCGGAAAAACAAGCUGCCAAUACCGCAUUUGAGAAGGCAAAACUGCUGAUUUGGGGAUAA